AUGGCUAGUGAUCCGACAUCCUCUUCUCUCCCCAACACCAACACCACCCCCAGCAGCCUAGAAUCAUACACCACGCUGCUGCAAUGGAUGACCCAAAACGGCGGCCGUCUGCACGAUAGCGUCCAAAUAGCCAAGGACGAGCGUCGCGGCGUGCAUCUCCAAGUCCGAAAGGACUGGGCCGCCGGCUCCGUCCCCACCGGCACGCACAUCAUCCAGACGCCGCUGGCCUCGACCAUGUCGUACUUCAACGCUAUUGACUACGCCGGCCACCAGGGCUCCGAGGGUACGAGAACCGCAUUCCCCGCGCACGGAGUCCAUCUCCCGCGGGCGUUCAUGGACGCUGUCGGCACCGAGGAGACGUCGAUUUUCUUUCUGAUCGGGCAGUUUCUGCGCGGGGCGGAUGGCUUCUGGGCCCCGUAUUUGCGCACGUUGCCGCAGCCUGGGGAGUUGACGACGCCAGUGUAUUAUGGCGAGGGGGAUGUGGGGUGGUUAGCGGGGACGAGUCUGUUGGCGGCGAGGGAGCAGAAGACGAACUUAUUGAGGGAGAAGUAUGAGCGGGCGACGAAGGUGCUGGGGGAGUUGGGGUUCGAGGGGUGGGAGUUGUAUACAUGGGAUCUCUAUAUUUGGGCUUCGACGAUCUUCGUCUCGCGCGCCUUCUCGGCCAAGGUGCUCUCUGGGGUCAAUCCGGAUGAAGAGCUGCCGGAAGAAAACGUCUCUGUUCUUUUGCCGUUCAUUGAUGUCUUGAACCAUCGUCCCUUGGCGAAGGUGGAGUGGCGGGCUGGGAAGAAUGAUGUCUCGUUCGUGGUGUUGGAGGGCGUUUCUGCCGGCGAGGAGAUUGCCAACAACUACGGUCCUCGGAAUAAUGAACAGUUAAUGAUGAACUACGGCUUCUGUCUUCCGGACAAUCCGUGUGAUUAUCGGAUCGUCAGUCUACGCGCACCGCCGGGCAGUCCGCUUCAGGUCGCAAAAGCCCAACAGAUCCAGAUGUUCCCUGAGAUGGCUAGUGCCCUGGCUGAUGACCACUACUACGUGUUUAAUGUCUUUUAUCCCCUCCUUGCUCCCGACACUCCUAUGGAGCAUUCGAUCUUCUCCCCGGCACUGUUCAAUGGGGUGUCCAUCUUGGCAGCUAACAACCGGGAGCUGGAGACUUUGCAGAUCUCAGAGCAAGGGGUCCGGAUCGCCGAUGCGUAUGGAAACUCGCGAACUAUCCUCGCUGCUAUCAGCCAGAUCAUCAUCGAGCUGAUCACUCACAUCGUGAAACUAAGGUCAUCCGCGGAAGGACUCUCGAGCCCUGCCAAUCUCAAACAGACGCACGCAAAGAUCUACCGAGACAGUCAGAUCAUGCUGUCCGAGACUGCACUGGUGAUCGCGGCAUGGACCCUCAAUCGGUCGCGGCAACAUGACUUCACCGGAAGCUGGGAGGAAACCAAGCGCCUCCUGAGCGCCCAUAUGGGCCGGAUUCCGGCAGGCAAGUUCCCAGAGACCGUGCUGUCCCGGACACAGGUGCGGAUUCUGGAGCGACAGUCCAUCCUCACUAAUAACGGGGAACUCUUUGCAUUGGAGGAACUGCUGAAUCUCCUCCCGGCUGAGAUGCAACCCGCCUGCAAAGCGUGCUUCCAAGAGGUUACCACGACAGCCGAGAAAGCCAUCCCCAUGCUGCGAGGAAGCGGCGAGAAUCCCUUUGUCUUCCCUCUGUUUCUUUGCGCAGUGGCCGCUACCUACAUGACCACGAAGGAUUCUGCCAACGACUCUCCGCUAUCGCCUCGUCUGCUCAACUGGGCCGGCUUCCUGCUCGAGAAUUACCCGCCCCCUCCUGACGAUGUGCUCUGGGCUGUGGAGGACGAGGACGAUGAAUAUCUACUGACUAUGUUUGACGACGCUCUGGAGAACAUGAAGGGCCAGAACAAUGGGGUCUUCUCCCGUUUGGCCGCGUACACGGGGGCGUGGGCAGGCGACAACUGGUGGCUUUCUCCUAACUGGGUGCGAUGGGCCUGGAUGAUUGUCGAGCAGGAGAGUGUGUCGGUGCCGGAGGAUCCGCUGGGACUGUUGGCGACGGGAGAAGCUGGACAAGGGUCGGUGACGCUGUCGACGGUGUCGUAUCUGUAUGUUCCUCAGGUGUAG